UUGGCAUUUAUUAUAUUUAAUCAUAUUAAAUACUUUUACAAUUUUACUGAAUCAUGUUCAAAAUUGCUAAAUUAUAUUAAAACUUUCAAAAUUAGAUACUAGCGUUAUGGCACUAUUUUUAUAUUCAUCUUGCUAACAUAAUUUUACUCUCACAAACGUGUUUUUACUUUGUUUCCACAGAUUUCGCUGUUAACUUAUUUGUUUUUAUGUUUUAAAAUAUUUAGGAAGUAAUGUUUUGGUUAUAAUAUAAACAGGGUACCUCUAAAAUACGAGUAAAUAUUCCAAGAAAUACAUAUGAGUAAAGAAAGUGGCAGCAAUAUGAAGGAACUCUAUUCCAUAUUUCAUCAGGAAUACAUCAUUAUGGCGGAAUACCGUAUGCUACAAACUGAAAACCUGGAAGGAAUUUAUGUAAUACCAUCAUAUGAAAAUUCGUUUCUGUGGUAUGGUGUGAUUUUUGUAAGAACAGGAAUAUAUACUGAAGGAGUGUUUCGUUUUACACUAUCUUUACCAGAAAAAUUCCCAGAUGAUAAGGUUCCUAGCAUAACAUUUACAUCACAGUUAUAUCACCCAGCUGUAGAUGCAAAUAGUGGUCAACUAAAUCUUAAUGAAGUCUUUUCUCAGUGGGAUAAGAAACAAAAUCAUAUUUGGCAAAUAUUGAAAUAUUUACUUUGGAUAUUUAAUAACAUAAACAUAAAAGCACCAGCCAAUAAUGAAGCAUCGUUAAUGUUCAAAACCAACAAAAAGGCAUUUAUAGAAAAAGUUAAAGAAUGUGUAACACUAAGCCAUGAGCACAUGUAUGAUGCACCGUUAACGGAGGAUAAGCACUACAUCACUUUUCAACCCUAUGAUCCGAAGAUACAUGAUGUUGCUAAAAAUAAAAUGUUAAAACAGAAGGAGAAUGAUGAGAAUUCUCAUGGUAUAUCUUGGGUACAAACUGGAUCUUAUCAAUCAUUUUCAAAAGAACAUACAUCACAAUAAAUGAAUACACUACAAUUGAUAUUAUAUCACAAAGAAACUGUAGCCAUAUUAGAAAACUGUGAU